CUUACAUCACAGGAUGCCAAAGGACUCUGAAAUCGUGCAGCAUCACUGAAUCUUGCAGCAGCUUUCCGAAGUCCUUUCUUCAACGGUCCUAAAGGUGUAUCAUCGCCUGGAUCAGCUCAAGUUCCUUUCUCAUUUUUCGCAUUUGGUUUUUGCCUUCAAUUUAAUUCCAACCAACCCAUGGCUUUGCCGGCCGAACUGCUGCCAAAGGUGCUUGCGUUCGUUCCGACAGACCUGCGAUGUCUCUCACCACUGCGAGUGGUCAGCCGAGAUGCCAAAGACCGCGUUGAAGCUCGGUGGUGGAAAGAGCAGGUACGAAAUAUGAAGCAUUUUGUGGAUCGACAUGCAUUUUUGUUUAGUGAUCACCCAGAGCUGGAGGAAGAGCAGGAACAUUUGACGUUGGAAGAUAGAUUGACCUGGAUCGUUUCGGGGCAAGAAGCCUUUGCUCGGAAUGUUUUAGUUUGGGUGAAACCCCUCCUUCUCAAGGAACCUUGGAGAGCCGGAGGUGCCGAAGAGGGUGGCAGUGAGACAGAUGCUGAACCCAGCAAGGUCACUCCACAGGAGGCUUUUGGCAAUUUGAGGAGAGCCAUGGCCUCAUUGAAUUGGAGGCAGACAGAGCUGCUCCGAGACAUCCGGCAACAAGCUCGCCACAUCGAGCGCAACCAUUUGAGUCAGAGACGCUCUUCACAUACGUUGGUUUCGUUGACAGAUCGGAGGCAGAUAGAAGGCCCCACUUCAGCAAUGUUGGCCACUCUUGAGACUACAGAGAUGAGAAGCGAAGAUGCCGUAUCUGAUUCCUUGGCCCACACUGAAAUGACUAGAGAGCCAUAUGCCAAUCCUGCAGUGAUGAGGCUUUUCAGCCAACAAGGGAUUUCUGAUGAACAAGGAUGGGAGGUGCUUAACAGCAUGGUUGAGCAGGGAAUCGUCCCCAAUGCAGCAGUUUUUUUGGAAACAUUUGAACACAUGUCUGAGACAGAGUCUGAGUAUAGUGACAGAGCAGACCCAUCACAUUUGAUUGAGACAACACCCUUCUCUCCCCAAACUCGAACACCCUUUUUGCAAGAACGUGCAGCAGACAACGACUUCCAAGAUCGCAGGCACAUGGAAGGCCACACUGUGGCUGACGAGCUUGACACCACAGAGUUUGGAAAUGAAGACGCUACACUUGAUUCCUUUACCCACUCUGAAAUGACGCGAGAGCCAUACACACACCCGGAAUCGACGGUGCAGUUAAGCCAACAAGGGAGUUCUGAUGAACAAAGGUUGGAGCUGCUCAAGAUCAUGCUUGGGGUCUUCAGAACAAAUGCAUUGGUGAUUCCGCAACCAUUUCAAAGCAUGUCUCAGAUUGGCAGCACACAAUUGAGUGAGGAAAGGCUCACUGUGUCAGAGGUUAUGUGCAACAUCAGUGAGGCAAGAGCUCGCUUUUGGAAGGCAGCUUGGAAUGGAUUCUUCACUUUGGUGCAUCGCCAAAAUACAACAGCGGUAGGAGCUCUCAAUGUAGUAGCAGCCAAGAAGGUUCAGAUUGUGGAGAAGCCGCUCUUUGCAGGUAUUGACAAGGAUGCUGUUGAGGCAGGUGCUGACAAGGAUGCAAAGACAAGAGCCGGGGAGACAGCUUUGCAUUUGGCAGCUGAGCUGGACCUCCACGGAUGUGUUAAGAAGCUGCUUAAGGCUGGUGCUGAGAAGGAUGCAGUGACAGCCGAUGGUCAGACGGCGUUGCAUUUGGCAGCUCGCAGGGGUAAUUGGCAUUCAGUGCGCAACUUGCUUGAGGAAGGUGCUGACAGGUUUGCAAAAACAAGCGCCGGGGAGACAGCUUUUUCAUUGGCAGACAAAGGAGGCCACAGCAUGGUUACUUGGGAACUGAAUCGAGCAGAUAAGGUCCUCAGCAGGAGGGAUAUGGCAGCUGUUCACAAAACUGUUAUGAUCUUCUCCAUGAGCUGGUUGACAUUGAGACAUGUGAAAGCAAGAAUGCGGAGGCAGGCUGCCGAUCUGAGAUUGAGGCAUGAUGCCAGCCCAAGGCCAGUGCUGGCCAGGGAGUUCAGCAUGGUGCGGUCCACUACAGUGUUGUUGUUGAGAAACCGCAUCAGGCAGGUGCUGCGAAGGAUGCAUUGAAGAAACCUCUGCACAUUCUGCAUUUUGGAGGUAGUACUGGGCGGAAUUGAU